GUUUGUUACCUGUUCAUCUCCUCUUUAUAUAUACGUAAGCAAGGACAACCCAGUCAAACCAACAAAGGCUUUUUUUUCACGAUCUGCGUAUUUUCUCUUUCAAGGCAACCGCUCUGCAUAUACUCCCGUUCGGCUUUUCUAGGGUUUCCCCUCUUUUGUGAAGAAGAAUGGGAGGCGGGAAGGACCACAAUGAUGAUGGAUCAGACACUAGUGACAAAGGACUUUUCUCACAUCUUGCACAUGGACUUGCUGCUGGAUAUCAUCCAGGAUAUGGGUAUCCACCUCCACCUGGGGCAUACCCUCCUCCUCAAGGGUAUCCACCACAAGGAUACCCCCCACAGGGGUACCCUCCUCAGGGAUAUCCCCCACAUGGGUACCCACCUGCAGGAUAUCCUCCCCCAGCCGGAUACCCUCCAGCAGGUUAUCCAGGUCCAUCUGCUCCCCCAUAUCCUGGUCAUGCACAUGGAUCAUCUGGCAUGGGUACACUGCUAGCCGGAGGAGCUGCUGCUGCUGCCGCUGCUUAUGGGGCCCACCAUCUUGCACAUGGGGCCUACGGGCAUCGUCCAUUCAUGCACCAUGGCAAGUUCAAGCACGGGAAGUUCAAGCAUGGGAAGUUUGGGAGGCAUGGGAUAUUUGGGAAGCGUGGGAAGCAUGGAAUGUUUGGGAAGCACAAGUUCAUGAGGUUCAAGAGGUUCAAGAAGUGGAAGUGAUCGUGUGUUGCCAGUCUGUAGGAGAAAAAACAUGGGAGCAGCAGCCAAUGCUUUUUUCUUUUAACCCAUUUCUACUUCUACUGAUUGGGUAUUGUUAGAUUUUAUAAGAUUUGCCGUUAUGGAUUCUAAAUACAUUGUUUCUUAGCAGUAUGUACAUAUGCUUGUUUGAAUUAAAAAUAACAAUCUGCAUGCCUUGGUAUCUUCCA